UACCUUGGAACUUCCCCCCCACAACAUCAGCUUUCCCCUUCCCAUCAUCAGCUCUCCCCUUCCCAUCAUGGCUACCUCUAUGGACCAGUCCACUCUUCUAGAAGACGAGCUCACCUGUCCCGUGUGCUUGGACCUGUUCAGGGACCCCCACCUGCUGCCCUGCGGCCACAACUUCUGCCUGCUGUGCGUCCGCCGGCUCAAACGCCAAGCGGAGCGAGGCCGCUUCCGUUGCCCCGAGUGCCGAGAGAGCCACCGCUGCUCCACGGCCUCCCAGAAGAACUUUAAGCUCGCCAACAUCGCAGACGACUUCCGCUGCAGGGGACGGGCAGUAUCGUCAAGACCACAACAACCAGACGGCAGCCCGACAAAAGCCGAGACCCCCGUGUCCGUGCCGUGUGACUACUGCUCUCCAGGGGACACUAGCGAGGCAGGGAAAGGGGAACCUGGGGCUGGAGUGGUGGUAGAGGUAGCGGUCAAGACGUGUCUGAAAUGCGAGGUGUCCAUGUGUCAGGAGCACGUGAAGCCCCACCUGGAGCUGCCUGCGUUUAGGGAGCACCCCCUGACUGAACCCCUGGGGGACCUGAGGAAGAGGAAGUGUCCCGAACACGAUGAGAUGUACCGCUACUACUGCAUGGACGACCGGGUGUGUGUCUGCAACGCCUGUACCAUCGAGGGGAGCCACGCCGGACACACCAUCAAGACCCUGAAGAACACUAUGAAGGAUCUGAAGGGCUCUCUGGAGAACCAGCUACAGAAUGUGGACAGGAAGCUGAACAAAGCAGAGAAAAAUCUCCAGGAGCAGAAAGAACAAGAACGACUGAACAAGAGGUUCCUGGAGGACUCAGACCAGCGGGUCACAGCCUUAGGGGAGGUGUUACAGGUCCACCUGGAGGGCUUCCUCACCUCCCUCAGGGACUGUUCCUGCUCCCACGGGGUCGAGUGUGGCCCCAGCAUCCAGCAGAACAUAGCCAAGGCGGUCCAGGACCAGUCCCGUCUGCAGGAUGUCCACAGUGGCAUCCAGACCCUCGCCCAGGAGAACGACCCCUUCUGCUUCCUGGAGGCAUACAAGUCAUCAAGCAAAAAUUUCUGCAGGCAGUUGAAGAAGCCUCUGUUCCACCCAGAAUGCGCUUGCGUGGACUCAGACGGCCUGGCCGAGUCCAUGGAGGCUAAACAGGAAGACUUCCUCACUGAAGUACACUCUCACAUCUCUCACCUCAUCAACGAGCUCUGUCCCGUAGUCCGGGAAGAGGAGGACAGCGGAGGAGAGGAGGAGGAGGAGGAGGAUGAAGAUGAUGACGACAGCAGUGAUGGAGAUGAGCAAGAAGAAGCUGAGGAGGAGAUGAGGAGUGAGGAAGAGGAGGCUGUACACGACCAGAGUGAGUCAGCAGACGAACUUUACAAAGAGGAGGGAGAAGAGGAGAUUCAUUCAGACUGAUGAAAUUACUUCCAUUUAAGUCUGAUUUUCAGUCAAAAAGUCAUGCAUUGAUGUUAGUGGGAGAAUGUGUGAAAAGGCUACUUUGGAUUUUUCCAUAAAUUACCAAAAGAACAAUUUUGGGAAACCUUUUAAAUAUUAUACAUCAAUCUUUAGAAGAUGAGCUGUUUGAGUGCAUAUGGCACCCUAUUUCUUAUAUAGUGCACUACUUUCGACCAGGGCCCUAUAUAGGCAAUAGGGUGUC